AUGGGCAGUCAGAGCCUCCGGUCGCCGGAAACGUCGACCCAGCUGGGAGAAUUACUGAGAUAUACAGAUCAUGAGAACAGUCGUAGCCAUUUGACAAUAGGCAGUGUUCUUAAUCUGGAAAAAAAACCAGGGAGUAGAUCAACAGGCCGUACACUUCUGGAUAUAAUACAAGCGGACUCAACAGGAGAUAGUAAGAUCACUUGGACAAAUUUUCGUGACAAGCUCCGACUCAAACGCGCAACCGCCGCAUUGCAACGAAUAAAUAAUCAUGGUCAUCAUCAAAGGAUUUUGUCAGACCCCGAUAUUGAAUCUGAAUCGAGUAGGAUUCGAUCAUCGUCACUGCGGUUGCAAAGAAGUCUAAGUUCACUGUCGGAGGAGGAGGAGCAGGAGCAGGAGACAGAGGGAGAAGGGCCUCUUAGGAUGUCGUUGAUGUCGUUGUUGGCGGAGACGGAUAGGGAAAUGGGGAAUGAACCGGCUUAUGUGAUCGAAGAUGAGGCUGGUCAAGUUGAAGUUGAGGUCGAAAAUGAUGGUGGAAGUGGUGAGGUGAAUGAUUGUUGUGUUUGUAUGGAGAGGCAUAAAGGAUCAGCUUUUAUACCUUGUGGACAUACAUUUUGUAGGUUAUGUUCAAGGGAGCUUUAUGUUCAAAGAGGGAACUGUCCCAUCUGUAAUGGCUUCAUUUUGGAGAUUCUUGAUAUUUUCUGA